AAGCUCGUUCACAAACACAGCGAUAGGACAGACAGUUGAUCAGCAGGUGUAAUGAAAGCACAGUAACACUUAAACAUUUUCAAAUUGGCCUUGAUGUUUGGAUAGAAACACUGGCGCUGUUUGACCAUCAAUCAAAAAAUAAGUGGAGACGAUACUGGGUAUUUACGGGUUCAUUGGCAGGGUUGCCCGGCAUGCAGACGUGGUAAUGCCAAGAGCUGAAUCCGCUGUAAUGGACAACUCGUGUCAGGCCCUGUGCCGCACCUUAGUCACUCAAAAUGGCCUUCAGCCAGAGAAUGUGGACAUUUCACAGUCAGUACUAUACACAUCCAUCAUGGGACUUCUGCUGGUGACAGACAACGAGAGAGAGCUGCAACUGGGAAAUGGACAAGUUGGACUGCGCAACGUUGGAAAUACUUGUUUCCUCAAUGCGAUCGUGCAGUGUCUCUCUCACACUCGUAGCCUUCGGAGCUACUGUCUGAUGAGAACUUACCUUCAGGACAAGCGCUCCAAACAAGAACCUGUGCUUAUGAAUGAAUUCUCUAAAGUUUUGGCUGGCUUGUGGGAAUGUAAUGGUGGGGAAACCACAGUGAAUCCUGGGAAGUUUUAUCACGUGUUUAAAGAGUCAGUGCCUUAUUUCAGUGGCUAUAGUCAGCAAGAUGCUCAGGAGUUCUUGUGGUUCCUUCUGGACAGGCUACAUACAGAAAUUAACCGUCGUCCAUCCAAACGUCCUGCAGUUAUGGAAAUUAAGGAACCAACAUACACACGAUUCAGCAGGAUUUCAGAGGAGGCCUUUGCAAUGUGGCAGAGGCAUCUUGACAGGGAUGACAGUAAAAUUGUUGAUUUGUUCUCUGGUCAGCUGCGCAGUUCCUUACACUGUUCAGUCUGCUCCCAUUACUCCAACACCUUUGAUGUGUUUUGCGACCUGUCACUCCCCAUCCCAAAGAAGAGUGAUUAUGGACGAACUGUCACACUGAGAGAGUGUCUAGACCUCUUUUCACAAGAGGAAAAACUUGAUAAAGAAAACUCACCGAUGUGUGAGCGGUGUAACCGUCGCACUGAGACCACAAAAAGACUGACCAUCCAAAGGUUCCCUAGAAUCCUCGUAAUGCACUUAAAUCGAUUUACCAUGUCAAGGUACUCAAUCUCAAAGAGCACAGUACCAGUUUCCUUCCCCCUAAAUGGGCUGGAUUUAGGGCCAUUUGGACCUGUUGGCUGCGGUCCAGUGCUGUACGAUCUUUAUGCAGUAUGCAGUCAUUCUGGCACAGUAAAUAUGGGACACUACACGGCUGCAUGUCGGGAGGAGGAGGGCUGGUGCUACUAUAAUGACUCAUGUGUUGCUGAAAUAACAGAGGAAAAGCUUCAGUCCAAUCAGGCAUAUGUUCUCUUCUAUGAGCUCAAAAGCUUCAAUAUCACCAGGAAAUGAGGGCAGAGAAUGUAUUUUGAGACUUCAGUGAUUAUUUGGCAAAUUUCAGAUACCACAGAAAAAAAGUUGCACUGUGAUGUUGGGAGAAAGUGAAUGAGCUCGAAAACUGGUCAUUUUACAUAAUUGUUCAAUUUCAUUGUAAAUUCGUGUUACUGGGGUAUUUUUACUACACUAAACAAUGUGUUUUAUUAACUUU